AUGGGGCACGCCUUAUUAUCUGAAUAUUUUGAUCCUCCCAAUCUACUUCCGUUCACUACAGGGGUAGAAGCUUUGUCGGAGCAUCACUCAGAUGUUGACAAGAAAGACGUAGGGAAGCCUCCCCGCUUCAUUGGCGAAGUAGAUCUACCUGAAUAUCUCGAACCGUUGUUAACGGAAUCUAAGCGCCGCUUUGUUCUCUUUCCUAUUCAAUACCAUGACAUUUGGCAGAUGUACAAGAAAGCAGAGGCAUCUUUUUGGACUGCCGAAGAGAUUGACCUCUCACACGAUCUCUGGGACUGGAAGGACCGCUUAAAUGAUGAUGAAAAAUACUUUAUCUCGCAUGUACUCGCCUUCUUCGCGGCUUCCGACGGUAUCGUGAACGAGAAUCUUGUCGAUCGAUUUUCGAACGAAGUACAGGUCGCCGAAGCUCGCUGUUUCUACGGUUUCCAGAUCAUGAUAGAGAACAUCCACUCGGAAACGUAUUCUCUACUCCUCGAUACAUAUAUCAAGGACCAGAAGCAACGAGCGCAUCUCUUCGACGCUAUCGAGACUAUACCUUGUAUCAAGAAGAAGGCGGAUUGGGCGUUACGCUGGAUCGCCGAUAAGCAGUCUUCCUUUGCAGAACGUCUGGUCGCUUUUGCUGCUGUCGAAGGUAUAUUCUUCUCGGGGUCUUUCGCAUCCAUAUUCUGGCUCAAGAAGCGUGGGCUUAUGCCUGGUCUUACGUAUUCAAACGAACUGAUCAUACGCGACGAGGGCAUGCACACUGAUUUCGCCUGUUUGCUUUAUCACCAUCUGCGAAGACGCCUACAUCCCUCCGUCAUUCUGGCGAUUAUCACAGAAGCAGUGAUAAUUGAACAGGAGUUCUUGACAGAGGCUCUCCCGUGUGCCCUGAUAGGCAUGAAUGUGCGAUUGAUGUGCCAGUACAUUGAGUUCGUCGCCGACAGGCUCCUCACGACACUGGGAAAUAAGAACUAUUAUCAUUCCACGAAUCCUUUUGACUUUAUGGAUAUGAUAUCGCUGCAAGGCAAGACUAAUUUCUUUGAAAAACGGGUCUCUGAGUACGCGAUGGCUGGACUACAUUCAUCUGCCAAUGGGACGAAUACUCUCACGGAGAGUACACAUACCACCAGAGUAUUUUCUCUAGAUGAAGACUUUUGA